CCACUCUGGGUCUGAGUCAUAUGGACGUUCCCGUGCGCCCUCAGCCGUCGUUGCUCUCAGCCAGCUUCCUUGGUGGGCUUCCACCGACGACGGCUGUCAACAGCGUCGAAAAUAGUAACCCCGUGUAACCGUGUAGCUUGAGAUCAAGGUCCUUUCCCUACGGACACCAUUCUCCGUCAGUUACAGAGCUGUACAGCAGCUGCGCUUUUAUGCACGUAACAAGCUGAACAAGUGGUUUCCCUAUAAGCCGGUUUAGAAGAUUCUGCGGGUGCCACGCCUGGGAAGGAAUGAUUCAGGAAGACUCGACUGGCGUAAUUUUCGGCUUGUAACAGGAUUAAAGAACUGAAUGCGAAUGGGUGACACGAAGGAAAUAGCUGUGAAGGAAGCCUGGAUGAACGCGACGGAAGGCUUGGAGAACGGCGCCAGGAACCAAUGGUGGGAACGAGUACGAAGAAAGUACGCCGAAGAAUGGCGGGCCUACUACAACCUGGAAUACUUGCACAACAUGAUGGAGCUGAUCAGCGCCUACAGGGGGCACCUGAAGGAACCCAGGGCUGUCACGCUAGCUGUCUUCUUUCUGCAUUUGGAGUACGAUCCCAAGGCAACUGACAACGAAGAAACAAACAUUGAACUAGUCAGGGAAUUUGCGGUUCAGGCGGAGAUUCCAACCGAGACGGGCUUGGUGUCGAUGGUUGUGGAACUCAUUUCGUUGACGAAGCUUCACAGCACAGAAGAACACAAGCUGGAGGGUGUGUACGGAGAUGAAGAUAAACACUUCUUCCUGGACUUCGACAUGAGCGCCCUCGGUGGAAGCCCUCGAGAGUACAGCGCCUAUGCCGAGAAGAUCAGACAGGAAUACAGCUUCAUGUCUGACCCCGCCUACAACAGUCUCAAAUUAAAGGUGCUCCAAUAUUUCCUUCAAAUUCCCAACAUCUUCGCGACGCAGCCUUUCCGUGCAAAAUACGAAGUGCAGGCGAGAGAGAAUAUCCGCAACGAAAUCUGCAAGCUCCAGUCGUGAUGGCUGUGGACGUCUAGAACGCUUAUCAUGUCCAAGUGUUGUUGUUUUUGCAUGCGCGCUUCGUACUGUAUAAAUGGAUUGUACAUAUGCGA